UGCUGCAUUAAAGUCCCCCUUUUUCUCUUCCAAGUUCACACACUCAUUUGGGGUUGGCCUUCUCUUUCCUCCUCUAUAUAAAUUCCUGUCAUCACAGGCUCUUCCCUCUAUCUCUAUAUCUUUAAGCAGCAACCAAAAGAUAAAAAAAAAUGUCUAAAGUCACCGCCCUGUUGAUCGUAGCCCUCCUCUGCGUAACUAUGUCAUCAGCCGCCGCCCGUCCUGAGCCGGCAUUUCCUGAUACAAACUUGGUCAAAACCCAACAGGAGGAGGGUACUGUUGGAGCUCAACAUGUUGAGGUGGUGGAUGAGAACUGCGAAGGAGUUGGUGAUGAAGAGUGUUUGAUGAGAAGGACCUUGGCAGCUCAUAUUGAUUAUAUCUAUACCCAGAAGAAGAAUCCAUAGAAAUUUGUGUUCAUUAGCUUCUUAAUUAUAAAUCGUAUAAUUAAGAUAUGUUCAUUUUGCCAUUUAGUUUCUAAGGAGGGGCAGUUUACUGGAUGAUAAUCUUACACUUGUUCUCUUGGUUAAAUGGAUGAUAUUACUUUGUCGUAUCAUACGAACGUCGGCAUGCUUUGUUGGUAACAAAAGGUCUUUGGUCCAAAGGUCUUCUUUGAGAUUAAGGUUCAAGUUUUCUUAUCUUUCAUUCCUCUCCC